GCGGCACAGCUCUUGUUGUGUGUUUGUUUGUUCUACAAGCAAAAACAAUUUUUUAAAAGUAACAUCAAGCAGGCAAUGCAGAUGCUCUCCCUCACCCUCCCCUCCCUCCAGUCCGGAGAGAAGGCGCUCGAGUUUCAGGUUGAUGACCCGCCGCAGCUCCAGCCCUGGAUCGCGACGUACCGCCUCAUCCCACAAGGCGAAGCCUUCUGCCGCACGGUAGCACUGACCACGCAACUGCGCCACGAGGACAUGCGCACGCAGCAGGCCCACGCCGAUCCAAAUGUGGCGAGGCAGUGGGCGGCGGAGGAAGCGGACGGUGGUGCGGCAGGCGCGGACAACAUCAACGGCAGCGGCGGCGAUGACGGCGACGACGGUGCUGGCGAGGGAGGACGCUUCCAGCCCUCCUCCCGCAAGAAGAAGUUCGUGAAGCUGACGGAUGAGGAUCUGCUGGUGGACUGGUACGAUGUGCUGAAGCUGGAGCAGCAGGACGGUGCCACGGAGGAGCAGAUCAAAGCCGCCUACCGCCGCCGCUGCCUCGAGACGCAUCCGGAUAAGCAGCAAAACCACUCCGACGAGCUCUUCAAACAAGUUCAGCGCGCCUUCGACAUCCUCGGCGACCCGGACACCCGGCAGACCUACGACUCCUCCCGGCCGUUCGAUGACGCGAUCCCCGCCGAAGUGGUGGAGGAGAAAGUCUUCUACAGCUCCUUCGGACCGGUGUUUGAGCGUAACAAGAAGUGGAGCAGCGUGCCGGGCGUGCCGUCGCUCGGUAACGAUAAGACCCCCUACGCCGAGGUACUCCGCUUCUACGAUCGCUGGACGGGCUUCCAGAGUUGGCGCGACUUCUCCCACCUCGCCGACAUCGAGGAGAUCGACGAGGGGAUGUGCCGGGAGGAGAAGCGCUACUACCAACGGGAGAACCAGCGUCAGCUGAGUCACUUUCACAAGGAGGAGCAGAAGCGCAUUCGCACGCUCGUCGAUCGGGCGCGCCGCAACGACCCGCGCCUGCGCCGCCACCGCGAGGAAGAGGAGGGGAAGCGGCAGAAGGAGGUGCAGGAGAGGGAGGCGUUCCGCCAGCAGCUCGCCGCCGAGGAGGAGCGCCGCCGUGCCGAGGAGACCCGCAAGCAGAAGGAGAAGGAAGAGGCCGAGGCGCGGGCGCAGCAGCAGGAGAAGCAGGCGAUGCGCGAGGCCCAAACGGCCGUAUUGGGUUUCCUCGGAGAGCACGGACUGCUGGAGGAGAUCGCAACAAACAAGCUCUUCGCCGACCGCGUGCGUCGCCCGAACGUGCAGUGGAUCUUUUCCAAGGUCACCUCCGCCGCCGCUGCGCAGAAGCUGCGGGAUGCCAUCCUCGCCGCCAGCCCCACCCGCGUCCCGCGCACCGAUGACGACCCGCGCACGAAGGAGUUCGAGGGCGCGGCGCAGGUGGAGGCGGUGCUGCGCUUCAACGCCCUCAUCGCCAAGAUGGAGCAGCACUGCGGUGUGAACCGCUACGGCGAGGCCGUCAAGAAGGCGAAGGAGGGUGGCGACGCCGCUGCAAAGAAGAAACAGGCGGCGGCGCCGGCCUCACCCGUGGCAGCAGGACCGGAGUGGACGGACGAGGACCUCGGUCGCCUGCAGAAGGCCACCGCGAAGUACCCGCCCGGCUCGGUGGACCGCUGGAUCAAAAUCUGCGACGUGCUGCGGCACAAGUUCACGGAGGAGCAGGCGAUGGCGAAGGUGAGCGAGCUGACGGCAGCGCUGCACCACGCCGGCUCUGGAAAUCCGACCGCGUCGGCAGCAGCGGCCUCCGUCUCGCACGCGUCUGCAGCUGGCUCUGGCACCCCGGCAUCCGUGGCGGGUACCACGGCGGCGGCGGCGGUGGAGGAGUGGUCGAUGACGCAGCAGAAGCAGCUCGAGCAAGGCCUCCGCGAUCUCAAAGACUACAAGGAGAAGGACAAGUACCAAAAGAUCGCGAAGAUGGUGGAGGGCAAGACGGCGAAGGAGUGCUUUGACCGCUUCAAGUUUCUCUGCUCCGUCAACAAAAAGAAGUAA